AUGGAUCUCAGCGAUGUUAUAAAGCAUGAUCUGGAUUUGUACGCCCUUUUGGAUCUUCACGUUUCAUGUAAAGAGGACCUUUUGAAGUAUACGUCAAACGAAAUCCGGAAGAACUAUCGACGCAAGGCAUUGAUUUAUCAUCCCGACAAAAAUCCGAAUGACGAGAAAGCAAUUCAUACCUUCCACCUACUUGGAGUGGCAGUUGGUAUUUUAACUGAUGCUCAGCGACGUACUGCCUAUAACUCGUGGUUCGCAGCGAAACACUGGACGCAUGUCGAGAGGAACAAAGAGAGAGAAGGGCAGAUCAAGGUCUUAAAGGAGCGAGAGCAGGAGUCUAAGGAGGCCGCAAACUCGUGGCCCUUGCACGAUAUUUUACAAUACGAGGAAUACGGUAUAAAUUUGAGAAUUUUGAAGCAACUUGAUAAACCCUACGGAGAUUGGCAGCAUCUUGAUCUCGAUGACGAUAAAAAGAAGAAGCACCGAUUUUACGAGUCUUCUACCCUCCGAGUUUUAUUAUCCAACCGAAAAUUGCUGCAAGAAAAGCCCGCUCUUGCUGAUUUUCUAGCUACCGCUUUCGGAGCUGAGCUUUUUGACUUGUACUAUUCUUCGCGAAAUGACUUUGGUAGGGAUUCAUCAAUCGUUGCAUACGUGGUUAUGAAAACUCCCGAAUCAGCUUACCAAAUUUGGGAACACUGGAAAAGUGGUGUACUGGCCAAGAGUUCCAAAACUUUGAUGGCAUCCUUGAUCGAAGAUGUAUCACCACGUGUCCCAAUUGAGACGUUCAGCUUUCCACAUCGACAAGAGCUUAAUGAUCAAAUUGCAGCUAAGAUUAUUGAGCUUGGGCCUCUCCCGCAUACGUGA